UCAAUUCCUCAUUUCUUCAAUUCUUCCCCCAAAAUAUUCUCUACGUAUCUUCUUCAAAUUCUCGUUUCUUAUCCCUUUUCCUAAUCCAAAUCCCCAAUCAAUUCGAUCUUCUUCUUCGAUUCCUUUCCAAUCGAUCUUCUCUUCCUGCGAUUCAACAAUCCGAUAUUCGUUGUUGAUUCUGUUUGUCUCUGUGUUUUUGUUUUUGGUUUGAUUUGGUCAUUUAAUGGUGGUGAAACUGGUCCGAUGGACGUCUUGGCAGGCGUUCUCGUCGAGAAAAUACGAGGCGAUCAUCAAUCUUCGCCGAUUGGAAGGAUUGGCGAAUCUAUCGCUGAAGGAUUCGAGUGGUUUAGUGGUGGAAAUCAAGUGGAAAGGGCAGAAAAUUAUAGGUCUGAGUUCUUGGCGACGGUCUGUGAAGAGGAACUACACAGAUAAGGGCAAUGUCUGUGAAGAUGGAGCAUCGGUAGAUUGGAAUGAAGAGUUUAGGAUUUUGUGUUCAAUUCUCGGCUCGAAAGAGGAUCUGAUUCCUCCAUGGAAGCUUUCUCUCACAGUUCUUCAAAAAGGAGAAAACCAAGUAGUUCGAAAUAGCUAUGCUGUAGUCGGGACUGCAUCACUGAACCUAGCAGAAUAUGCUUCUUCAUCUGAUGGAAAUGAGAUUUCGAUCAGCCUUCCUCUCAACGUCCGUGGCAGCACUGCAGCAGAGCUUAGCCCCUUGCUCCUUCUCUCUCUUAGCCUCGUGGAGCUGAGAACUGAUACAAAGCCUUUGAGGACGAUGCAGAGGUCGAUUAUGCCUGUGACGCUCUCCCCAACUUCACCAUUGUCUUUGUCAACAGAGAAAGAAGGGUUAUCUGCAAUAAGAGCAGGUCUAGAUAGAGUUAAAAUAUUUAGACAAUGUGUAUCAGCAGGAAAAACUAAGGAAGUAUUCCAUGAAGAAAACAUUGCUACAGUUAAUGGGUUUUACAUUAAAGAUAAGGAUUCUUCUCAGAGUUCUUCGCUUGAUUCGGACUCGCUAGAUGAUGGUGUGAACGAGGAGGAUUCACGUGUUCAGGAGCUAUUUGGUUAUGAAAAACUAGCCCAUGCCAACCGUGUAGCAGGAAUUUUCCUCCCUGGUACAAAGACCAACAAUGGAGAAGAAUGUUGGAUCUAUUGUGGCAAUGGUGCAGGAUGCUUGGACAUUGAUAGUGAUAGUUCACAAACUACGCAGCAGAACUCGAUGCGCAAAAUGUUGUCGUGGAGGAAGAGAAAGCUAAGCUUCAAAUCUCGUAAAAUUAAAGAAGAGCCUCUUCUGAAGAAACAUUAUGGUGAAGAAGGUGGAGACGAUAUCGACUUUGCUCGUAGGCAGCUGAGCACAAAUGAGCUUUUCACUUGGGUAUAUUCUCAAGACCUGAACUGCACUGUGUUUCGCUCUGCUUUACUCAGAAUUUCAGCUGCAUUUGGAGAUGAUAACUUUGCUGUGGGUAGUUGGGAGCAGAAGGAGGUAACCAGUCGAGACGGACACUUGAAAGUCAACACCGAAGUCUUCUUCGCCUCUAUUGAUCAAAGGAGCGAGCGUGCUUCCGGGGAAAGUGCCUGCACAGCUCUAGUUGCUGUUAUUGCUGAUUGGUUACUUUCCAACCAAAACGAAAUGCCCAUCAAGUCUGAAUUAGACAACUUGAUCAGAGAUGGAUCUGCAGAAUGGAGAAACCUUUGUGACAAUAAAGACUACCUGGAGCAGUUCCCUGAUAAACACUUUGAUCUCGACACAGUGAUUGAUGCAAAAAUCCGACCUCUGUCUGUUGCUGCAGAGAAGUCAUAUGUUGGAUUCUUCCACCCAGAAGGAUUGGAGGAAGAGGGUGUUUUCGAGUUCCUUAAGGGCGCCAUGUCUUUCGACACCAUAUGGGAUGAAAUCAGCCUCCUUGCAGCAGACCUUCCAACAAAUGCAGGUGAAUCGAUAGUCUACAUUGUGAGCUGGAAUGACCACUUCUUCAUCUUGAAGGUUGACAAGGAUGCUUACUACAUCAUAGACACUUUGGGCGAGCGGCUCUACGAGGGGUGCAAUCAGGCGUACAUUCUGAAAUUCGACAGGGAGACGGUAAUUAGUAGAUUACCAAACAAAACAAAUGCAUCAGAGGAGAAAACCUCCAACACAAAGCAAUCAAAGAACACAGAGCCAUCAGAUAAGAAAGCCUCCAUUGACACAAAACAAUCAAAAAGCAAAGAGUCAUUGAAGGAGAAGAACACCAUUGUCACAAAUCAAUCAAAGAGCUCAGAACUAUCAGAGAGAAAAACGUCAAUUAAUACAAACCAAUCCUCAGAGCCAUCAGAGGCAGAACCAUCUACUGAUGUGCCACAACUAAACAAUACAGAGAUGUUAGAAGAAAAACCGCCAGUCGAUGUCAUGCAACCAAGUGAUUCUGGAGAAGCUACAACACCAGAACAGUCGAGUAGCCCAAAAGAAGCUUUGACUGAGAACAAAGAUGAGUCGAGGAAUGAUGAUGAUACAGACGAAGAGGUUGUAUGCACAGGGAAGGAGUGCUGCCAGGAGUAUAUCAAGAGCUUUCUUGCAGCAAUUCCGAUCAGGGAAUUGCUGGAAGAUGUGAAGAAGAAAGGUUUGAGUUCAUCAACACCCCUUCAUCAACGGCUACAAAUAGAAUUCCACCGUGCCAAAAUGAUUUUGGGUGAAUCAAAUUUUGGCAAAAGCAACGACUAAGGAUUAAUUACAUAAGUUAACUCAAAAGCUCUGUUUUAGUUCUACUUAACUUUUGGAGAUCCAUCUUGUUUAAACCACUGUAUUAAGGAAUGAAGUAUUGAAGAGGGCAUAAGUUAAAUGUUUAUAAAGCCCCUUAAUUCCA